CUCUGGCACCCCUGGCGAGGAGACGUGUGUUCGGUGUGGCUCCGGAAGAGAAGGGGAGGUGCAAAAAUAGGAACAAUAAGAAAGUAAAAAGAAAAAUACCGAUGAGAUAAAACAAAUAAAAAAGGCCAAGAGUAAUUACGCGGCCGAGAAAGAUAAAUAAAGAUAAAAUAAACGAAAAGGAAAAGAAAAAAAAAGUUAAAGUGACUCGUAAGGAAUAAGGAAAAAAGGAAAAAGGAAAAAAAAUAUAAACCAGAAGCCAACAGAAGGAAGAAAAAAAGUAAAGAUAAGCAAAAAAGAAAGAUAAAAAAGUGAGUCGUCAGGAAUUAGGAGAAGGAAAGAAGGAAAAAAAAGUGGAGAAUCUGAACCUUGCCAAAAAAAAGGAAAGUUAAACAGAGAGGGAAAAAAGUGAAAGGAAAAGAAGGAAAAUACAGACAAAGGCUUUACACUAGACAUUAAAAAAAAGAAUACAAAUAAAUGAAAAGAAAGACAAAGAAUAAGAGUGAAUAGGGGAAGUAAGAUGUAAAAUAAUUGAUGGAAAAACAGAAAAGAGAGGAAAACAAAGCAGACAAAUACCAGAUGACAAGAUUUUAAACGGGAAACAAAAAGAAAAUAUGAAAAAGUAAGGACAGAAAAGAACAAAAAAAAAGGAAUAAAGGAAAAGAACAAUGAAAUCCUAACAGAAAAACGUGUAAAAUAAAAAAAAAACAAGAAAAGAAAACUAAAAUAAUAAAUACGAGAAAAGAAAUAAAAAAGAAUAAAAAGAACAACAAAACAACAAAAAAAUAAAGGAAAAAAAAAAGAUACAAUGCAAGACUAACAAGUAAAAAGAAAAAAGAAAAAAGAAAAUGGCUUGUGUGUCAGUGUAAAAUUUCCCGUGUGUGCGUGUGUUCGUGUGUGUAGCAAAAUGCGAGGCGGUGGUGGCGGUGGUGGUGGUGGUGAUGGUGGUGGAGGUGGUGGAGGUGUGAUGCUGGUGAUGAAGCUGUGGCUGGUGGUGGUGGUGGUGGUGGCGGCCCUGCUCCCCCCCGCCCGCCCCCUCCCUGACGUCAUCAAGAUAGGCGGACUCUUCGACGAGGGGGAUGAGGAGCAGCAGAGCGCCUUCCGGUACGCCGUGGCCCAGGUGAACCGCGAACGCAUUCUGGGCCGCACCAUCCUGAACACGGACAUACAGAUGAUCCCGCCCUACGACUCCUUCCUGGCCUCCAAGAAAGUGUGCCAGCUUGUGUGGUCUGGUGUGGCCGCCAUCUUUGGGCCACAGUCGGGCCAGACCUCAGCCCACGUCCAAUCCAUCUGCGACGCGCUCGAGAUCCCGCACAUCGAGACUCGCUGGGACUACAGACUCCGACGGGACGACUACUCCGUCAACCUGUACCCGCACCCUUCGUCUCUUAGCAAGGCUUACCUCGACCUGGUGCGUCUGUUCGAGUGGAAAUCCUUCUGCAUCCUGUACGAAGACAACGACGGCUUGGUGCGUCUUCAGGAGCUGCUCAAGACUCCCUCACCCCACGAGUUCAAGGUCACCAUCCGCCAGCUGCCGCACGGGAACGAUUACAGGGAGCUGCUGAAGGAGGUGCGGUCGUCGGGGGAGCAGAACAUCAUCCUGGACUGCCGCACGGAGAAGGUGGGCGCGGUGCUGAAGCAGGCCCAGCAGAUCGACAUGAUGUCCUCCUUCAACAACUACAUCAUAACGUCCAUGGACUUGCAUUUAGUUGACCUCGAGGACUUCAAAUACAGCGGCUCAAACGUCACAGCUCUCCGCCUGAUUGACCCUGGCCGGGAGGAUGUGAAGGCGCUGGUCGACACGUGGCGGCAGGGGCGCGUCAUGGCCACCAACAGGCUGUCCGACGGUGACCCCAUCCUGAAGCAGAGGGAUGUAUCUUUCUGGACGACGGAGACGGCGCUGAUGUACGACGCCGUGAAGCUGUUCGUCCUGGCCAUGGGGGCGCUGGACAACUCAACCACCGUGUCUAUCAGCCAGCUCCGGUGUGAGGGGGAGGAAGCCUGGGUGCACGGGAACUCCCUCAUCAACUACAUGAAGCUGGAGAAGCUGCCGGGCUACACUGGACACAUUGAAUUUGACUCGGAUGGCUUCAGGACGGAUUUCACCAUGGACAUCACUCAGCUCGGCCCCAACAACCUGACCAAGGUGGGCACGUGGAGCAAGAAGACCGGCACCAACUACACCAGGACGCAGAACGAGACCAUGAAGGACAUUAUUCAGGGGCUGCACAACAAGACCCUCAUCGUGUCCUUCGCCUUCAAUGACCCUUACAUCAUGCUGAAGGAGAGCCCCAUACAGCUGACAGGCAACGACCGCUUCGAGGGCUUCUGCAUCGACCUCCUCAACCACAUCGCCGGCAUCCUUAAGUUCAAGUAUGAGUUGGUGCCAGUGCCCGAGAACGCCUACGGCUCCCGGAACAAGACGACCAACAAGUGGAACGGCAUGAUGAAGGAGCUGAUUGAGAAGAGGGCAGAAAUGGCCAUCACCGACCUGACCAUAAACUACGAGAGGGAGGAGGCGGUGGACUUCACGAUGCCCUUCAUGAACCUCGGCAUCUCCAUCCUGUACAAGAAGCCGACGAAGAUGGCCCCCUCGCUCUUCUCCUUCCUCUCCCCGCUCUCCCUCGAGGUGUGGAUGUACAUGAUCACUGCUUAUGUGGGCGUCUCCAUCCUUCUCUACAUACUGGCAAGGUUCACCCCCUACGAGUGGCAGAACCCCCACCCCUGCGACCCAGAACCGGACACUCUCGAGAACCAGUUUACCAUCCUCAACUGCCUCUGGUUUGCCAUUGGGUCUCUCAUGCAGCAGGGGUGUGACUUCCUGCCGCAAGCUGUUUCCACGCGCAUGGUGGCCGGCAUGUGGUGGUUCUUCACCCUCAUCAUGAUCUCCUCCUACACGGCCAACCUCGCCGCCUUCCUCACCGUCGAGCGCAUGGAGUCGCCCAUCGAGAACGCUGAAGACCUCGCCAACCAGGACAAGAUCAAAUACGGCUCCAUGGCCACGGGCACCACCUUCGCCUUCUUCAGGGACUCCAGCCUCCCCACCUACGUCAGGAUGUGGAACUUUAUGAAGGACGCCAAGCCCUCGGUGUUCGUCGGUUCCAACCAUGAGGGCGUUCUGAGGGUGCAGGAAUCCAAUGGGAAGUACGCCUACCUCAUGGAAUCGACGUCCAUUGAAUAUGUGAUUGAAAGGAACUGUGAUCUGACGCAGGUUGGCGGACUUCUCGACUCCAAGAGCUACGGCAUUGCCCUCCGAAACCGCUCCCCCUACACCAGUGCCAUUAGUAGUGCCAUUCUGUCCCUCCAAGAGACCUCCACCAUAGAGCUGCUGAAGCGGAAGUGGUGGAGCGGCGGCAAAGACAAACGCUGCCCCAGUAGCAAGGAGGAGGCCGGAGGGAGCAGCAUGGCCAGCGAAUUGAACCUGUCAAACGUGGGCGGCGUUUUCGUGGUCCUGAUGGGCGGGAUGGGCCUGGCGCUAGUGGUGGCAAUUGGGGAGUUCGUACUGGAGUGCUGGGAAAUUGCCAAGGACGACCAGAUCCCGCUGAUGACUAUCCUGAACCAAGAGCUCCGAUUCGUCCUCAAGUGCAAGGGGUCGUCCAAGCCGGUGAGGAAGAAAGUCAACGAGUCCGAGGCGGCCAGCACCAGCAACAACAUCUACGGGUCCGAUGUCUACAACUACUCCAGCAAGAACACCUUCACCUGAUUGCCGGAUGUGACGUCUCGCCCUGACGUCACAGAAGAAGAGCUCGGACAGUGGGCCCUCCCUAACUAUGUGCCGCCCCCGCCCUCCCCAGUCAUCCACGGCAGCAGCACCUCCUCCCAGGGCCACUGCCACCCCAGACUCCACCUCCAUCACCACAUCCAUACGCACCCUACCCAUGUUCCUCAGUGCCCCGACAGCCCUCAGCUCCUCCAUCUCUCCUCCACACCUCAUGCCUCCCACAGCACCACCCCCUGCAAGCAUAACAACCACAACAACCACAACAAUUCCUCCCUCUUGUACUGUGGCCCCAGCAGAGAGACGUCCCCCUCGGUUAACCAGAGCGAGGAGACGUGCGACGCGGGCAGUGUGAAGCAGAAUAAGGAGUGGUCAUGAGCGCCGGCACCCUGUAGGGACGUGUGGGAGGGCGGUGUGCUGCCUUGCGCCUCCCACGAUGAGAAGAGAUGAUGGUUGUAGCUCUAGGGGGAUGCUGAGAAGAGAGAAUGACUGUAGUUCUAGGGGGAAUAUGAGAAGAGAUGACUAGUUUUAUGGGGAAUGUGAGAAGAGAUGGUGAUUAGGUUUAGAGGCAAUGCUGAAGAGGAAUGAUGACUGUGUUGUUUUAAGGGGAUGCUGAGAAGAGAUGACUAGUUUUAGGGGGAAUGUGAGAAGAGAUGACUAGUUUUAGGAGGAAUGUGAGAAGAGAUGGUGAUUAGUUUUAGAGGCAGUGCUGAAGAGGGAUGAUGACUGUGGUGUUUUAAGGGGAUGCUGAGAAGAGAAUUAGUUUUGGGGUUAUGCAGAGUAGAAAUGAUGACUAGUUUUAAGGGUAUGGCUGAGAAGAGAUGAAGAUUGUGCUAAAAAGAUGAUGGAUGUAGUUUUGAGGCAAUACCGAGAUGAUGACUGUAGUUUCUGGGGCAAUAAUGAGAUGACUAGUUUUAAGGGCAAUAAUGCAAAAAGGACGAUGAGUAUUUUUUAGAGGCAAUACUGAGAAUAGAUGUUCACUAAUUUUUGGGGUAAUGCUAAAAAAAAUGGUAAAUGUAAGCUAGUUAUUUUGGGGUCAUUUUCUUAUUCUUCUUAGAUAAAUAUGUGCCGAUGGACACAACUUUUGGAUUUGUGCAAGGAAAGUAAAGAAAAGCCUUCCAGACACCGUG